AUGGCCGCGGCGCUGAAGGCGUGCCCCGCCGAGGCCGCCUACCCCAGCGGCGGCGCUGCGGGCGGCGCUGCGCCGGGAGGUGCUCGCCUGGUGAACGGCGUCAUCGUGAGGCAGCCGAGAGCCGCCGAGGCGGAGACGGCGCCCAGGGCGCAGGCCCCGUCGGCGUCCGCGGAGCCGGCGCCCAAGGCUGGCGCCAGGCCCAGAUCUGCGUUCGACUUCGAGCAGCGCAGCCGGCGGGAUGCACGAACCCAGGCGCAGUCGCAGUCGGCGGCCCUGCAGGACCUGCGCGCGCUGCAGAAGCAGCGCUACCAGCAGGGGGGCUGGCCCCAACGCCGCGUGGACCUCCGCUUCGCCCCAGCGAUCUCUGAGGUGCACUGCUGCCGCGGGGCGCCUGUGGAGUCCAAGGGGAGAGGCUCUCGGCGUGUCGCCCGCUCCGAGCCGCUCGACGCGCGGGCCCUGCCGCCGUGCCCGCUCGCCCUGCUCCGGGAGUGGCUCGGCGCGGCGGAGGCGGCGGACGGCUGGCUCGAGGCCUGGCGCCCUCCUGCCAUGACGCUGGCAACGUCGUCGGCGGCGGGGGGUGCGACCGCGCGCAGCGUCCUGCUGCAGGACAUCUCGGCCUCGGGCGGCCUCAUCUCGCGUAUUCGGCUCCUCGGCGGCCUCGCUGAAGGCGCGCCAGCUCGCCGCCGACCCGCGGGCUGA